AUGCGUUUGCAUCCUACAUUUGCCUUGCUUUUAGCACCUCUGGCAAACUGUUUGCUCGCCAAGGUUCAUGGCGCUGGCCCUGUGUAUACCGUUUCGAUGGAGUCAUCCAACAUCGUACAGUCUCGCCUCGACUCUCGCGAUGUCCCCAACAAUGCGGAUUAUCGUUGUGGUCCCAAGAUUGGCAAAUGCCCAGUCGGCACAUGCUGCUCGGGUGCAGGCUUCUGUGGUACUUCCAAGGCUCACUGCCGCUCCCCGGAUUGCAAAAUUGACUACGGCCACUGCGAUGCCCAUCGAUCCCCUUACGGACCUCCUACCAAAGAGAUUGCCCGACCACACCUUGGACAAGUCCCUUAUGGACCGACUCAGAUUCGCUCGUGUGCUAUUCCGGGUACAAUCGCGCUGACCUUUGACGAUGGUCCCACUCGUUACACUGGAGAUUUGCUAGACUUGCUGGACAAGUACGACGCCAAGGCGACCUUCUUCAUUACGGGUAUCAACAACGGAAAGGGCGCUAUCGAUGAUCUCACCUUGCCUUGGGCUUCUUUGAUCGAGCGCAUGCAUUCGAGUGGUCACCAGAUUGCCAGUCACACUUGGUCUCACGAGGAUCUCAGCAAAGUCACUCCCUCGCAACGCAGUGAACAGUUGGAGAAAAAUGAAGCUGCGAUACGCAACAUUCUUGGCUACUUCCCCAGCUACAUGCGACCACCUUAUUCCAGCUGCACCCCUGACACAGAAUGUGGAGACCAGCUCGGUGAGCUUGGCUACCACAUCAUUCUCUACGACAUUGACACCGACGACUACAAGAAUGACAGUCCCGACUUGAUCCAGCGAUCGAAGGAUAUCUUCGAUCACCAAGUCCUCCAAAGCGACCCACUCACAACCUCUUGGCUUGUCAUCGCCCACGAUGCCCAUGAGCAGACAGUCCACAAUCUUACGGAGCAUAUGCUCAAGGCCAUCAAGAGACUGGGGUACCGUGCCAUCACCGUUGGAGAUUGUCUUCGCGAUCCCCGACCCUUGUGGUAUCGCAAGGACACCCGCAUGCCGACUCAGAAGAAGAAGCCAAAGAAGCCAGCUUCAGCAGAUCCCAACAAACCUGUAUCCUGGGACGGUUCUUGCGGCUCUAACUACACUUGCCUUGGCUCCGCCUUUGGGUUCUGUUGCAACAAUGAAAACGCAUGUGGCAACACCAGUAACCAUUGUGGCAAAGGUUGCCAGAAGGAUGCUGGAUAUUGUUCAGUUGAGGCUCCUGGCAAUGGCGAUGCCUGGGACCCAAAGAUUGAAGUCAAUGCCAAGUCAGAGGCAGAUACUGAGAUCCGAAUGCUUGGGUCCGCAGUCAUGGCAGCCAUGACUUCCUUGUUCCUUGCUUUCAUCGUUGCGAUGUUCAUGUAA